AUGCCCCAGAAUGACUACAUGGACGAGCACCGUCGCCGGCACGGUCGGCGUAUGGACCACGAGGAGAGGAAGCGCAAGCGCGAGGCACGUGAGGUGCACAAGGCCUCUGCCGUGACGCAGAAGAUGGUCGGUCACAAGGCCAAGAUGCUGCACAAGCGCCGGCACGCCGAGAAGGUGCAGAUGCGCAAGAAGCUCAAGGCGCACGACGAGCGCAAUGUCAAGCAGAAGGACGACGGGGCUGUCCAGGAAGGUGCUUUGCCGACGUACCUGCUCGAUCGCGAGGGACAGAAGGACGCCAAGGCGCUGUCGUCGGCCGUCAAGGACCGGAGGAAGGACCGCGCGGCAAAGUACUCGGUGCCGCUGCCCAAGGUUCGCGGUAUUGCAGAGGAGGAGAUGUUCAAGGUCAUCAAGACGGGCAAGAGCAAGCAGAAGAGCUGGAAGCGUAUGGUCAACAAAGCGACGUUUGUCGGCGAGAACUUUACCCGCAAGCCAGUCAAGCUCGAGCGGUUCAUCCGUCCCAUGGGUCUGCGUAUGAACAAGGCCAACGUCACGCACCCCGAACUCAAGACGACAUUCCAGCUUCCCAUCCUCGGCGUGAAGAAGAACCCUCAGUCGCCACUGUACACCUCUCUCGGUGUGCUGACAAAGGGUACGAUCAUCGAGGUGAACGUCUCCGAGCUGGGUAUGGUGACGACUGGCGGCAAGGUUGUGUGGUCAAAGUACGCCCAGAUUACCAACAACCCAGAAAACGACGGGUGCAUCAACUCUGUCCUCCUCGUCUAG